AUGUCCGGCGUUACCGACCAGCCGUCAUGGAGGAGAGCGCGCUUCUUCACCGGCGUGGUGCCGCGGUCGAGACACGGCCACCGGGCGGUGGCCAUCCGCGAACUGAUCAUAGUGUUCGGAGGGGGAAACGAGGGCAUAGCGGUGGACCUCCAUGUUUACAACACGGUGUCUAAACAGUGGUUCUUGCCUGCGGUGAGAGGGGACAUACCCCCUGGUUGUGCAGCCCAUGGCUUUGUCUGUGAAGGCACUCGCAUCCUGGUCUUUGGGGGCAUGAUGGAGUUUGGCAAAUACACCAACAACCUCUAUGAGCUGCAGGCAAGUCGCUGGCUUUGGAAGAAACUAAAGCCCAGACCUCCUAAAAAUGCCUUGCCACCUUGCCCUCGGAUUGGGCAUAGUUUCACCCUUGUGGGAAAUAAAUGCUAUUUGUUCGGAGGGCUGGCCAAUGACAGUGAGGACCCCAAUGGCAAUAUACCACGGUACAUGGAUGACUUCUAUGAGCUGGAGCUCCAGUCGGUUUCGGGGGCGAGGUGCUGGAGCAUUCCGGAGACAAAAGGCGGAGGCCCCUCAGCCCGGGAGUCCCAUUCUGCUGUGGCCCACACUGAGCUGGGCUCUCCUAAGCUCUAUAUCUUUGGAGGGAUGCAAGGUCGUCGCUUAGAUGACCUCUGGCAGCUUGAUCUCGAAACGAUGGUGUGGUCUAAACCUCAAACCAGUGGACCUCGUCCACUUCCCAGAAGUCUUCACUCCGCAAAUAUCAUUGCGAACAAGAUGUAUGUUUUUGGGGGCUGGAUUCCUGUUCCUGAGAACGAGAAACCUAACGCACAGGAAGUAGAAUGGAUUUGCACCAGCUCCUUAUAUGUGCUCAAUUUAGAAACAAUGACCUGGCAGAGCCUGGGCAUGGACAAGGAGGACCAGAUCCAGUCCCAGCUGCAGAGCCAAAGUCCUCAGGGAGAUGACCCUUAUUCGGACAGUCCCAGGGCCCGAGCGGGCCACAGUGCUACCACCAUAGGUUCCAGGCUCUAUAUCUGGAGUGGGCGUGACGGAUACCGUAAAAACUGGAACUAUCAGGUCUGCUGUAAGGAUCUCUGGUACCUGGAAACAGAUCGACCCGCCACCCCUGAUGCAGUGCUACUUGUCAAGUCCACGGUCAGUGUGCUCCACGUGGCCUGGCGUCCCCUGGCUGCAGCGGAGUGCUACAUCCUUCAAAUUCAGCCAGUAUCGCUCCCCAGCCCUCCCCCCACCGAUCCACCAACCAUGACUAUUGCUCCAGCUGACAUGGAGGCGAGCGACAGAACGCCUGAAAAUCAAGCAAGUGUCCAGUCCUCUCAGCCUGUGGGUGAAGACACCCAGACAGACAAAGAAAAAGCGUUAAAACUGUUCAAACCAGCUGUGCAGCAGGACAUGCCCUUGGGGGGGUCACAUGACUCGUCAGAACGCCACCCAGAACGAGGGCGGGGCUCGGAGCGAGAGACUAAAGCAGACACAGAGAGAAAGUGCCGCUCUCCUGAACGGCAGCCAGACGCAACGGUGUCUUCCCAAAUGACAGCAAGAGGGGAGAUGAGAGCACCUCAGCAACAGCCAGGUGAUGUUCCUCCUAGCAUAAAUCUUCAAGGUGUCGAACCUGUCACAGUGGACCAACAAACUGAGCACAACGCGCCUAAAAACUGGGUCCUAAAAGAGCCGGAGAACUUGAUGUGGUUUGAUGUUGGGGUGUUCAAAACCCUUUUUUCUGAAGUCAGCCAUUACUAUCUCCCGCCGGACAGUAACCAGGGGUCCACUGCCAGCAACAGCCGGUCCACAAGCAAUAAAGAGCGGAAGCUUCCGGGGCCUCAGGACUAUGAGGGCAGGGAGAAGAGGGAGCUGGCUGCAGGCCACAGCUACCGCCUCAGGGUGGCGGGCAUCAACUGCUGUGGCCAGGGAGACUUCAGCCCCAUCAGUGAGUUCAAGACCUGCCAGCCCGGCUUCCCUGGGGCGCCCUCUGCUGUCAGAAUCACCAAGGCCAAUGAUUCUGUCCACAUUACAUGGGAAGCCCCGCCCUCUCCCUCAGGGAAAAUCCUGGAGUACUCCAUGUAUCUGGCAGUGAAGAAGAGCCGUUUGAGCAGCUCUGAGGGACCUGGCCAGAUGGCCUUCAUCCGCAUCUACCGUGGCACCAAGACUUGCUGCACAGUUAACUCCAGCCAUCUGGAUAAUGCACAGAUCGACUGCUCCACACCCAACCGGCCAGCCGUCGUCUUCCGCAUCGCUGCAAAGAACGAGCAGGGCUAUGGCCCUGCAACACAGAUCCGCUGGAUCCAAGAUACAAGCAAACUGCGAUCAAACAGGCCAGAUAGCCCUACCACGGCGGGCCAGGAUGCAGCUGACAGCUCGAGCUGAAGUCUUCAGUCUGGCGUUUUGCGGUCUGCAGGAAAGACAAUACGAGAUGUGCACUCCGAAAGGUGGACUCAUUAUCUGGUAUACAAAAAUUUGUGUGUUGCAUUCGCUGUAUAGUUUUAACUUAUUUUCAUAUAUUUAAUCUUUUUUGUUUUCAUUUAAAUGAAUAGAUAUUUUUUCCACUGAAUUUAUUGACAGAUUAGUUUUGUAAAAUAGCUGUUUUUUUAAUGAUAUAUAAUGAAUACCUUAACCAAACUGUACAUGUGUUUUGAGAAUGGCUCUUUUCAUGUUGUUGCAGUUUUGAAUGAAUUGUGGUUUAUAAGUUGUGUUUUGGGCCUGGUGUCUUAUUUCUUAAUUGCUCGGGUAAAUACUUUAAUCAAAUUUUAUUUUCGGCACAGUUCAGUGUUAUUGCUAACAUUAUUAAAUGAACUUCCAUCAGAAUCCAUCCACCCAUGUUUAUGGGUGACGACUUGUUCUUUCGGAGAAGAUCCUUUGUUUUUGCCCCUCCCCUUUUUAUUUCUCCUCAGUCGUAUCAGGCCAGUUACCCCACUCUCCCAAGCCGUCCCGAUCACUGCUCCACCCCCACCCCAGACCCACAGACACGGCCUAUUGUGUCUGUAGGGACAGGGAGAAGGUCCGUUUUGGUUUUGUUUUAAUUUGGCAGUGGGGAGUAAAGCCAUGCGUUACUCUUCAGUGUAUUCUCCAAUGAUUAUUGUUCUUAAACAAAGCGAACUGCCUGCUGAUGGGUGAGAUGUUUUUACUUGCUUCCAAUACAUAUUGGUUUCUUUCAAAAAGAUUUUGUUAAUCAAGCAUUUUCUCCCCAAUGCUUGAGUUGGAAUUUUCCGUAUUCGGCUUCGUUUCAAGAUAUUUACUUGUUUCUAGAAAUUCCUGGAACAAAGGAAAUUAUCUCACUUCAUUUGCACUAAUUUGUACUUGUUAGGAGAAAAAUAACUCGAGCAACUUAUCAUUUGCUUGGUCAGUAUGAAGGAUGUUUUACAGGGUUAAAACUGCAUCCACGACAGCUCCAUAUUCAUUCAUUCAUUAUCCAAACCACUUAUCCUUACUCAGGGUUGCAGGGAUGCUGUAGUCUAUCCCAGCAGUCAUUGGGCGGCAGGCAGAGAGACACCCUGGACAUGCCGUCAGUCCAACCCAGGGCCGACACACACAUUCACACCUAGGGAAAAUUAAGUACGGCUGAUUCACCUGAUGUCACCAUGCCCUCGUGGCACGGUGGCGCAGUGGUUAGCGCAGUCGCCUGACAGCAAGAAGGUCCUGGGUUCGAGCCCCGGGGUUGUCCAACCUUGGGAGUCAUCCCGGGUCAUCCUCUGUGUAGAGUUUGCAUGAUCUCCCUGUGUCUGCAGCUCCGUAUUACCUCUUCAUAUAUGUCUGUCCCAUUUUUUCCUCAGUAGACCAUUUCAGACAUGGGGGAGAUCACAAUGAAAUUAUCUUACACUCAAGUCCGCUUGACUCCAGUUACUGUUUCAAUACUGGUAUUUAGACCCCCCCCCCUUUUUCUCCCCAGUUGUAUCUGGCCAAUUACCCUACUCCUCCAAGCCAUCCUGGUGCCAAACCCCCCCCCCCCCCCAAUCCGGGGAGGGCUGCAGACUACCACAUGUCUUCUCCGAUACAUGUGGAGUUGCCAGCCUCUUCUUUUCACCUGACAGUGAGGAGUUUCACCAGGGGGGACAUAGCGCAUGGGAGGAUCACGCUAUUCCCCCCAGUUACCCCUCCUCCACUGAACAGGCGCCCCAACCGACCAGCGGAGGCGCUAGUGCAGCGACCAGGACACAUACCCACAUCCGGCUUCCCACCCACAGACACGGCCAAUUCUGUCUGUAGAGACGCCUGACCAAGCCGGAGGUAACACAGGGAUUCGAUCCGGCGAGUCCCGUGUUGGUAGGCAAUGGAAUAGACCGCUAUGCUACCCGGACGCCUCCGGUAUUUUAAUCCAACACCAUGCAGUAUGAAUGAAAGGAAGCGCAGCAGUUGUUGGGUUUUUGAUAUGAAUUGGAUGUAUCAGAGGUCUAAGUAGAUAUUAAGUUGUUAAUGACAUCCUGUCUUUGAGAUGAAGAAAUGUGUAAUAACACUGCUGUUACUGACAGGAACUGAUUGGUGGGCCAUUCAAACUGCACUUGUGCUGAUCUAUCUAAAUAAUGAUAGACUUGUAUCUGCCAUUGCCUUUGGGCAUGUACAUGUUGAUAUGGGGAAUAUAGAGCUGAAAUGGCAUGGCUUUUGAUAUGUACAUGUAUGAUUUAUUAAAAACAA